UGGAGGGUGAGAGGGACGCGGAUUGGACUCCUCAGAUCUCGGGUAACCACCAUCCUAAGCAGAAGGGAUGAGAGGGAUCAGCAGGCACACACACAGUGGAGUGCUGAUCAAAGAUGGAGGAGCGACCCGUGAAAUAAGCGAGCAGCUUUGCGCACUCUUAACUAGGCUGUAGAUUGUAGAAAAGAAAGGAAAAAAGUGAGGGAGAACGAGAGAGAGAGACACACCACCGAGAAGGAAAGAGCACGAGCGGAGGGGAGGGAAAGUAAACCAGGGUGAGCGAUCAUGGGGAAUGAAGCCAGUCUGGAGGGUGGAGAAGGAGGGGGGCUUGCCGGGUUACCAGAAGGGGUUGCAGGGGAUGGGAAAGGGGGAUUCAUCCAGAUUCCUGCAAGAAUGGAGGCGGAUCUGAAGCAGCUGAGCGAAGAAGAGAGGAAACAGAUCGCAGCUGUAAUGUCAAGGGCGCAAGGUCAUCCACCUAGACAACAAGGAAAACGUCCAGAUCAUGCACCUACUGGUAUCAGUAAAAGCCAAACUGUAGAUGCAUUUAACCAGGAAAAGAUAAAGCCUGGAAGAAGUCCAUCUUCCAUCAGUCUUUUGGAGUCUCAGUCAAAACCUGAGGUCAAAACAGAAACAAAAGCAGCCAUGAUGCCCAGUUUCCUUAGUGAGGGCAACCCCCUCAGUGCAAUGUCAUCUGUUGUAAAUAAAUUCAGUUUGUUUGGGGAUUCAGAUGAGUCAUCUGAUAAACAAAAGGGACAGCAACAGCAACCCAUGAAAGCAUCUGCACAGCCUUCAGGAUUGGCCAAAACUGGGUUAGGCUCCCCAAAAAUUGGACAGCAGCAACAAGCACCCAGCAAAGCUGGCACCCAGCAAAAAACAGAUACGACUCAGAAUAAGCAACAUGGAUCUCCUAAAACUGGUGCUCAGCAUCAGGGAUCUACUAAGUCAGGUGUCGAGCAACAAGGACCUUCUAAACCAGGGCCACAACAGCAAGGAGCAAUCAAGACGGCUCUUCAACUAGGGCCUGGUAAACCAGGUGUACAGCAAGAGACUACAGUGACAGAAUCCCAGAAACAUGGGCCUGUUAAGCCUGGCUUUCAGCAGCAAGGUUCCGCACCAAGUGGCCUUCAGCAACAUGAGCUUAGUGGGAGGCAAGACCCACCACUCAGUGGACAUCCACAAAAAGGAGCUGUUAAGGAUGGAACUAAACAACACAAUUUGCCAAACGUGGGGCCCUCUACAGCAGGCAGAAGUAAAGAAGGACAAAAAUCACAAAUCUCCAUUCCUUCUGGACCUCAGCAACAGGAACUUGUGAAACCUGGACCUAAAAAAGGCUCUAAGAGUCUUAACCAAAAACAUCUCGAUUCAAAUCCUCCCCCUAAGAAAACAUUAUGUCCCAUUUGUACAACUACUGAACUAUUGUUUCACAGUCCAGAAAAGGCAAACUAUAACACUUGCACACAAUGUAAAAAAGUUGUGUGCAGCCAGUGUGGCUUCAACCCUAACCCUCACAUUACUGAGGUCAAGGAAUGGCUUUGCCUGAACUGUCAGAUGCAAAGGGCCCUAGGCAUGGAUGAAUCUGCCCCUAGUACAACAAAACAGCAGCCUCAUCCUCAGAAAAUAUCAGAUUCUCCUCAGAGAGGUAAACAAGCUUCACCAAUAUCACAGCUACAGAAAACUGAACCUACAAAAUCACCUGACCCAAAAAAACCCUUGAAUGUAAUUAAACAGCCCGUCACAGAAUCACCACCUUCAAAGCCAAAAGAAUUUUUGCCUAAUUCUUCUGUUCAACAAGUGUCAGAGCAGAAGGCUCAGGUUCCAAAGACUGAUCAGCAUAAGCCAGCAAAGCAAGAUGCAGAAGUAAAAAAGCCUUCAGAUUUUACUGGCCCUGAGAUUAAGCAGACUUUAGCAGGCUCCCAUGAUUCCGGAUCUGCCCAACAGAAAGAAAGUCAAGAAACUGCCAAACAAAUCAUGCAGGCCUCACCGGUAGUAAGAAAAACGGAUACACAGAUAGCCUCACAGCAAAAGACAGCACAGCAAACCACAGAAAAGUCUAUGGAAACUAAAGGUCAGAAGCUUGUCAGUACAAUAAAGCAACCUCCAUCACAAGUCAAAGAUGCUUUAUCAAAACUGGAUUCAAAUGUUAAUCAGCCUGCACCAGAAUCUGCAAAAUCUGAGCAGCCAGUGCAGAAAGUUUCCACUGCACCACCUGCCUCAAAACAAGUUCAACCAGACAAAGUACAAUCAACUCAACAACCUCCAAAACAAGAGCAAACUAGAAGAUUUAGUUUAAAUAUUGGUGGCAUAACAGAGACACCUAAGUCACAACCAACAACUCCACAAGAGUCAGUAACUGGGAAACUAUUUGGAUUUGGCUCCUCAUUCUUUAGUCAAGCCUCUAAUUUGAUAUCAACUGCUGUCCAACCAGCAGAUCACCCUGCUCCUGCAUCUAAACCACCUGUAAUUCCACCAGGUACUCAGCCUGCACCCAAGGAAGUUAGUUCAGCCCAGUCUUCACCAAAACCAUCCCCAAAACCAUCCCCAGCAAAAAGGGAAACAAAACCACCUGUGGCACAAAAGCCAACAUCCACUCCUGAGAAAAAAAUACCAACAGAGCAUGAUGUGAAACCUCCAGUGGAAAUACCGAAGGUUGCUGUGAAGGGCACUGAAGUAAUAAAGGCUUCAUCACAAAAAUCUAACUGUCCUCUCUGCAAAACUGAGCUUAAUGUUGGUUGUAAGGAUCCACCUAACUAUAAUACCUGCACAGAAUGCAACAACAUCGUAUGCAAUUUAUGUGGAUUUAAUCCAAUGCCUCACCUUUCUGAGAAAGAAUGGCUCUGUUUAAAUUGUCAGACACAAAGAGCUCUAUCUGGGCAGCUUGGAGAAGGCAUUGAGAAAAUGCCACCAGCUUUGACACACAAAACUGAUCCUGCAUCUAAGAUAUUACCUGCCUCUCCAAAAAGUAUGAAAAUUAUUUCAGAAGCAGCUGUUAUUAAACCUGAUCAAGAACAGCAAAAACAAGGGCACGUGAGCCAAAAAGACGUGAAAUCAAGAGAAACCACCAGAGAAAAGCCAAAGGAGUUAAUAAGGGAAGCUUCCCUUCAAAAGAUGCACACUGAGACACCAAGCAAACCCCUACAAGCAGAAAUCAAGUUAGAGGAAAAAGGAAAAUUAUCCCGUAUUGAAUCUUUAGUAUCCCAACCCCUGAAAGGAGGUCCUUUUCAUCAGGUAGAUGACAAAGUAUUACCUCAAGUACACAAGGAAAUUGAAAAGAUUGUCUCACCUUCUCAAGUCAUAAAAAAGGCAGAGGUUGAUUCUUAUGUCAUUGACUCAAAAAGCACUACAUUCCAGUCUUCUGUGAAGAAAGAUAUGGUGGAGACUCCAUUAGAAAAACCCCUGCAAAAGCCGAUCCAAAUGGAAACUGUCAAAGAAAAGAGUGAAAAGGAAGAUGACAAAUCUGAGAUCCUUGGUUCCUCACAGCAGAAAAGCCCUCAAGGACUGAGUGACACAGGCUAUUCAUCAGAUGGUAUUUCAAGCUCACUUGGUGAAAUUCCAAAUAUUGCACCAAGUGAUGAGAAGGAGUUGCUAAAGGGGCCUUCAAAAGAGGAAACACAAUCACAAGAGAGUAGUCCUUCAAGUCCAUCAGAUCUGGCAAAACUAGAAAGCACUGUACUUUCAAUAUUAGAAGCUCAGACAGCCACUGUUGAAAAAAAAGGAGAAUUUAGAGACUCAUAUGAUGGUUACAGAGAAGAAGAGAGAAAUCGGACUAGAACUAGAAUAUUACCUGUUACACCUGAAUCAUACAGCUCUGAUGAAGAAGAUCUUGAAUAUAUACAAGAGAAAGAUAAAGGGGCUGUGGAAACUGCCAUGCUUCCUAAAAAAGAAAGACGAAAAUUAACUGAAAUUAAAGAUUCCUCAAGGCAACAUCAGUAUGAUUCUAUUGAAGACAGCAGUGAGAGUGAACACUCACCACUUCCACAAAGAAAACGAAAGGUUAGUGUUGGUUCAUCCAGUAGUGAUGAAUUUAAACAAGAGGACAGUCAGGGAUCUGGUGAUGAAGAGGAUUUUAUUCGAAAACAGAUCAUAGAAAUGAGUGCAGAUGAGGAUGCAUCUGAUGAGGAAGAAUACUUUCAAACUCAGAUCAGAGUGGUCAGUGGAGAACAGAAGAAAUCUCAGGAGGAAAGAAAAAGCAAAGUAAAAUCUGCAUCAGGGAAAAGCAAACGACUAAGCAAGAAAAGCAGCACAAGCCAAGAUGAUGAAGCUGGCCGAAGACAUUCUUGGCAUGAUCAUGAUGAGGAAGAAUACGAUGAAAGUCCUGAAUCCAAAUUCAGGGAAACCAAAAGCCAGGAAGGUGAAGAAUUGUCUGUCUCAAGUGUUGGAGGUCUUCGAAGAUUUAAGACUAUUGAAUUAAACAGCACUACAUCUGCUACAUAUAAAGAAACUUCAGAGCAACCAGGGACUAAGUUAUACUAUGAAGAGCCGGAAAUUGAAAUGGAAAGUUUAACUGACUCUCCUGAAGACAGAUCAAGAGGGGAAGGUUCUUCUAGCCUGCAUGCUUCUAGCUUUACACCUGGCACAUCUCCCACAUCUGUAUCUUCCCUUGAUGAGGACAGCGACAGUAGCCCAAGUCACAAAAAAAUAAGCGAAGAAAGUAAGCAGCAACGAAAGGCCAGGCACCGAGCACAUGGACAAGUACUUCCAACUAUUGAAGAUUCUUCUGAGGAAGAAGAACUCAGAGAAGAGGAAGAACUUCUUAAAGAACAAGAAAAGCAACGGGAAAUAGAACAGCAACAGAGGAAAAGCUCCAGCAAAAAAUCAAAGAAAGAUAAGGAUGAACUAAGAGCGCAAAGAAGACGAGAACAUCCAAAGACUCCUCCAAGUAAUUUGUCACCAAUUGAGGAUGCUUCACCUACAGAGGAGCUGCGUCAGGCAGCUGAGAUGGAGGAGCUUCAUAGGUCCUCGUGUUCUGAAUAUUCUCCAAGUAUUGAAUCAGAACCAGAAGGGUUUGAAAUAAAUCCAGAGAAAAUACUUGCAGUUCAGAAGGUUUAUGAGUUGCCAAAAUUAGUUUCCCUAUACUCUCCUACUGAAGAGAAUCAAGAGCCUGCAUCUCCAAAAUCACUAAAAAGUGCAGAUGAAGUUUAUGAAGAAAUCAUGCAGAAAGCAAAGUUACUUCAAAAUCAGCCAGAAACAGAUGAGACAAAUGAAAAAGAGCCUUUAUAUGGAGGAAUGUUAAUUGAGGACUAUAUCUAUGAGUCUCUAGUUGAAGACACCUACCAAGAAACAACUAUGACUACAGAUAAUGGAUUUUUGUUAUUACAUCAAGAUGUAAAUAAAGAGUUUGUUCAACAAUCAGAAAGGAAAUUAAGAUCACCAGAUGAGGUUUAUGAAGACUUGAUGAGAAAAGCAAAUUACAUAACAAAAGAUGAUUAUUAUUAUCCAGACACUCCCAAAGCUGUCUUAUUAGAAGAGAAUGUGGAUUUACCUCCUUAUGCUACUGACCUGAAGCAUACAUCUAUAUCUUCUGCAGAUGUAGAAAUUCUUAUUAAAGAUGAAAAAACCUUGUUAGAUGCUGAUGCUGCCUAUGAAGAGCUUAUGAAACGUCAAAGAACAGUUCUAACUCCAGGGAUCAGUCCAACUCAGUCUGUUCCUACUUCAUGUGAACCCCAGCAGAAAGCAGUGUCAACUGUAAUACAUAUAAAAGAAGCAGACAAUACCUCUGUAACUCUUUUUUCAGCAAAAGAGGAAGAUAUAGAGACUCAACCAUCAGUUCAAUUGAGUAGCCCAAUGUAUCCCAUUCCCGAUGUAACAAUUACACAGCACUUUACAGCAGAAGAAGAUAUAGAAGACCAGUAUAUUAGUGAAUAUUUAAGUGAGUCUCAGGAAAUUUCUGAUGCUGAAUUUUCAGAAAAGAGAGAUGAUAUAACAGAAGAUUUUGCCAAACAGCCCUCUACCACCAUGGAGAGUUCUACCAUGUCAUGGACAACAAUGGAAUCCUCCUCAGUUGUGUUUGACACUAUACAGUCUGAGGUGGGGCAAACACCUGUACCAAUAAGGGAAAUAAAACAGCCAACAGCUCCAACAUCUUCUUUCCAGAAUGCAACAGACAUCAUCCCUAUCACGGUGCCAACAGUUGUAGUGACCACCUCUUCACACACAGAUUCAGUUAUAGUUAAUAUACCAAUUAAAUCUGAAGUCAACAACAUAUUAGAAUUAGUAGCAGCGAAGACAAUAGUCACUACUUCAGAUUCAAUAGCUACAGUAACCCCAGUCUCCACUGUACCCUGUGAGUCAGCCGUUGUUUCUAAUAUAAAAAUUGUGAGCUGCACCACACCUUCAACAGUUUCAUCCAGCAAUGGUCACAUUGCCAUCUUUGUUCCUGGGUCAGAUUAUGCUGUACCAAUUACUCCUGCACCAGUAAAGAAGCAAGAUAUAUACAAAUCUCAAAAAGAUGAAAAAUUGAAAGAUUUGCAUGACAACAAAGAAACCUCAACAGAACCUUAUUCAACAAAUGUUGCCUCAUCACAGUCUGUUUAUGAAAGUGCUAGUAAAGCUUCAGUCACCUCAUCAUUUUCUAUGAUCCCACCUACAGCAGUUGCAAGUACACUGCCUUUCUCCACUGUUCCUCAGUAUACUUCCUCAAUAAGCACUUCUGUCUGUAAAGCUGUGACCACAUCAACAUCAUCCCCAGCACCAUCAAUUACUUCUAAAGUGUUUUCAUUCUUUAGGAGCUCCUCUCAGGACUCUGCUGAAUUGCCACCCCCUCCACCUCCUCCACCACCUCCUCCUCCCCCACCACCACCACUGCCUCCACCUCUUUUACCAAAGCCAACGGUUUACCCUAAGAAAAAAGUUGCUAUGAGUGUUCCAACAACAGUUUCCACAUCAGUAUCAGUAACUCAUUCUACAACAGAAGUACAUCCUGCAACUUCUGUGAUUAGAAGUGCACCAACAGCAUCAGCAAAGUGCACAGUACCCUCUGCAAUAAAAACACCAGUACCUCCACCUGUUCCACCCAAACCAACUUCUAUUCCAGCAGGCUUGAUGUUUAGUCAUAGAGCGACAGAAGUUGUUAAACCUCCUAUUGCUCCUAAACCUGUAAUGAGCCAGCCUACUUCAACUUACCAGAAGACAGAUGAUACACUGCCAAAAUUGUAUACUACUCCUAGCACAACAUCUAUGACUUUGAAUUUAACAACACGAACAGAAUGCAAGAUGACAUCUCCCACAUCUCCCAUGUCUCCCUACUCUAACAAGUCUUCUCCCAGAUACACAAACUCUCUUCAUGAAACCUAUGUAGUUAUUACUUUGCCAUCUGAACCUGGAACUCCAACUGAUUUGGUAACAACACAAGCCCCAUCCAUUCUUCCUUUAGGCUCUCCAUCAAAACAACAACACCAACCAGCCACAAUAUCUGAGCUCAUUACUCCUUGUACAAAAUCACUUAAUGGCCUUCAUGGAAAGGGUCCAGAGAAAUAUGUUUCAGGAUUGAGUCACAUUUAUUCUUCUGUUUCAUCAACUCAGCCUAAUCUAAUUGCACAAGUAGUGACUACAGAGGUCCAAAGAAUGAUGGUGUCUCUUGUUCAUGAAAGGAUAUCAUCUACCAUUGCUCCUGAUGUGCCAGUUACAAUCUCUUUGGAUACAGCUAAACAACAACCAAAAAGCACAGAAAAUGGAAAAAUCUGCAGUGUUGGUGAUAUAAUGGAUCUAAGGACUUUGACAAAAUUAGAUGUGGAAAUGCCUGAUAAAGGAAUGGAUUUAUCUACCAGUCUUACAGAUAUGCGACGCCUGUCCUUCUCAAGUGAUGGUAGCAGUCGACAGAUAAGUGCUGUUCAACCAUCUGUUGUUAAUCUGAGCACAGCAUCAACACCAGUAUCAACUUUAGCUGUUGUGACGGAGAGCAUAACUAUUGUAACAUGCACCGCUACUAUAACAUACAGUACUGCAGGUGAUAAACCUCUGGAUUUAGGUAACGCAAUGUCAGUACCACUACAGCUUACAACAUCUAAACCAUUUGAGCCUGUCCAUCAGAUAACUUACAAAACCGUAUCUAGUCAGAUAACAGCUGCCAAUAAUGUAGAAUCCCCCAUAAAUCUGUCAUUUGGAGCAACUUCACAGGCAUCUGUAAAGCCUAUCACAGUUGCUCCAUUAAGUGUAAUAAAUGAUAUUACUGAUGCCUCCACAAAUCUGGACCCGCUUCAGAAUGGAGCAGUGGAUCUUAGUACCACAAAACCACUUCGUACCAUGGUAGCUGUUGAUGAAUCUUCUUCAUCUGUCGUUACCACAGUGAUAGAAGAUGAUGAAAAACCCGUUGAUUUGACUGCUGGGAGAAGAACAGUUUGCUGUGAUGUUGUUUAUAAAUUUCCUUUUGGAAGUACCUGUACCCAACAACCUGUGACCACAUUGCCAGAAGAUCGUUUUGGCUAUAGAGAUGAUCACUAUCAAUAUGAUCGUGCUGGACCUUAUAGUACACGAGGUAUUGGUAGCAUGAAACCUUCAAUGUCUGAUACUAAUUUAGCAGAGGCUGGUUUAUUUUUUUAUAAAAGCAAACAUAGCUUUGACUAUCGCAGUGAUGUGACUGAUGGUGCAGUAGACCUAACAUCGACAAGAGUAUCAACAGGUGAAGUAAUGGAUUAUUCAAGCAAGAGCUCAGGCUCAUAUCCAGAAACGAGGCAGGUGAUUUCAAGAACUGGAGCAAGUGUUCCUCAGUAUUCCCAAGCAAGAAUAACUCCAGCAAUAGGAACGCAAUUUGGUGUGAGCAGUGUACUAAGGUCAUCCAAUGGUGUUGUAUACUCCUCUGUGGCAGCUCCAGUUCCAACUACAUUUGCCAUCACAACUCAGCCUGGGUCAAUCUUUAGCACGACGUACAAAGAUAUAUCAGGGCAACACACAAUUGAUACCCUGCCUUCUUUGUCAACACAACAAAGCCAGACAGCUGCCAGGUCAUAUGGUUUCUUAACAAGUACAACUGCUGAGCAAGAAAGAGUUGCUUCCUCUGAAACAAGUUUGCAAAACAGUGCAACCGCAGAACUGUUGAAAGUAGGGCAGUCUGACCUGAUUCCAACGACAGCCUCAAUUUCUGAAUCAUAUGCUGAUGCCUCUCUAGAGGCUAUUGCAUCUUCCCUAGAAGCUUUGACCUCACCUCUUACAUCUAGUUCGGAUGACAGCAAGCAACAACAAUUCCAAAUGGAGCGGGAACUCCUUGAGCUUGAAAAAUUAAAACAGCUACGCUUAGCUGAAGAAUUAGAGUGGGAGAGACAAGAGAUUCAAAGAUUUAGGGAACAAGAGAAACUCAUUGUACAAAAAGAACUGGAAGAGCUUCAAACAAUGAAGCAUCAACUACUCUAUCAACAGGAAGAGGAGCGGCAAGCACAAUUAAUGAUGCAGCAAGAAACAUUUGCCCAACAACAAUUACAGCUUGAGCAGAUCCAGCAACUGCAGCACCAGUUGCAGCAGCAACUGGAAGAACAAAAGAUACGCCAGAUUUAUCAGUAUGGGUAUGACCCUUCUGGCAGUGUGUCACCACAAGCAAGUUCAGAACCGUUAUUGCUAGAUGCACAAUACACAGUGACAGAAAAUGGUCAGUAUUGGCCUGUCCAUGAUGAAACAUCUACUACAGCUGCAGUUUCUGGGAUUGACCUUUCACAAAGUGCAACAUGGUAUACUGUUCCUUCAGAAGGAAUUGCUCAGUUUAUCACUAGUCUACCCAGUUCCAUCUCAGAUAUGACUCAGAAGGAAAAUGAUGUCCAAAGUCACUAUGCUGAACAUGAUACAGAGCAAUUGGACGAUGGAAGAACAUUUAAAAAAAUUGUAGACAGUGGUGUCCAAACUGAUGAAGAAGAUGUAGUAGAUAGGACUUAUACAGGAAGACGAAGAAGAACUAAGAAAAGUGUAGACAGCAGUGUGCAAACAGAUGAUGAGGACCAAGAUGAGUGGGCACUACCUCCAAGGUCACGAAGAAAGUCACGAGUAAACAAAUAUGGCGAAGGUAUAAGUGAAAUAGAUAAAAGUAAGCAGCUGUCUAAAGUAUCUAGCAUUGCUGUCCAAACGGUUUCAGAAAUGUCAGUUCAAACUGAGCCUGUUGGAACUAUAAGGACACCUUCAGCUCGAGCAAGAGUAGACUCCAAGGUGGAAAUAAUAAAACAUAUUUCUGCACCAGAGAAGACUUAUAAAGGUGGGAGUUUGAGCUGUCAAACAGAAAUGAGCACAGAUAAACAAAAAGGACAGUAUUCUCCACAGAAGGACAAGAAACGCCCAACUCCUUUAGAAAUAGGCUAUACAACCCAUUUGAAAGCAGAUUCCUCGCUGCAUGUUGCACCAUCCCCACCUAAAUCCCCUAAAGUCUUAUACUCACCCAUAUCUCCUGUUUCCCCAAGCAAAUCUUUAGAAUUUGUUCCGUAUGAAAAAUCUAUCAGUGAUGAGGUUAGUCCGCAGAAAAUUCUUACCGCUGAAUCAUCUAAAGCACCUCCUCCAAGCCCAAGAACAAUGAAGAUGAUGCAGCGUUCAAUGUCUGAUCCGAAACCACUGAGUCCUACUGCUGAAGAAACCAACAGAGCUCAUUUUCAGUAUUCCGAUGGCUAUUCGACCAAAGUUUCUCCAAGUGGGACAUCUACUGGAACUCAAAAGAAAGUUAAAAGAACUCUUCCAAAUCCUCCACCAGAAGACGAUGCAGGUGGAAGUCAAUCAAGUUACACAGCUGUUGGUUCAGUUUCCCGUAGGCGAAUAUGCAGGACUAAUACUAUGGCUAGAGCCAAGAUCCUCCAAGAUAUUGACAGAGAGCUAGAUCUUGUGGAGCGAGAAUCAUCUAAGCUUAGAAAAAAGCAAGCAGAGCUUGAUGAAGAAGAGAAGGAAAUUGAUGCCAAACUGAGAUAUCUUGAAAUGGGUAUAAAUCGAAGAAAAGAAGCAUUACUCAAGGAGAGAGAAAAGAGAGAACGAGCAUAUUUGCAAGGUGUUGCUGAAGAAAGAGAUUAUAUGUCAGAUAGUGAAGUAAGCAAUAUCAGAGGGACUAGAGUAGAUGGCCAGCAUGGUUUGGAAAGACCAAGAACAGCACCACAGUCAGAAUUUAACCAGUUUAUUCCCCCACAAACUAAACCUGAAUCCCAAUAUGUUCAGCCUACAAGUCCUUAUUCUCAGUACCAGUAUGCUGCGCCUUCACUACCAACACAAGCUUCUACACAAUAUUCCCAGCAAACACAUUACCAGCAGCAAUCACUGUAUCAUCACCAGGUUUCACCUUACCAAACACAGCCCAGUUACUCUUCUGUAACAACAAUAUCAUAUCCACAAACUCCCCCUUCGCAGUCCCAACAGACCAAUUAUCAGCACCCAUCACAGAUGUUGUUAAUGCAACAGAAAUCUAGGCAGACAACACUUGCUGAUCUAGAGCCAAAGAUAACAACCAAUUAUGAAGUAAUACGCAACCAGCCCAUCAUGAUUGUUCCUUCUUCCAGUGAUACUACGUAUGCAGUUCCUCACCUAGGAAGCAAAUAUAGCAAUCUUGAUUUAAGAAUAGGCAUAGAUGAAAGAAGUAGUAUAGCAAGUAGCCCUAUGUCAAGCAUAUCUGCUGAUUCUUUCUAUGCAGAUAUUGAACACCACACUCCGAGGAAUUAUGUUCUAAUUGAUGAUAUUGGUGAGCUUACCAAAAGUUCUACAUCAUUAUCCUCAACAUUUAACAUUCCCGAUAAGGAUAUUUCGAAAGCUGAUCGCUUACUUCGAACUGCUGAUGUACGAAGGACUCCAGAAGUUACAGAUUUUCUUGGACCAUUGCAGUCUUCUUCAAGGUUGCAUGCUUAUGGAAAAGCUGAUGAAGAAUCAAUGGAGGAUCCUUACGAGUUAAAAUUACUUAAGCAGCAGAUUAAGCAGGAAUUUCGUAGAGGAACAGAAGGUCUUGAUCACCUUUCAGGUCUGUCUCACUAUUAUCACGGUGAUACCAGCUACAGGCAUUUCCCUAAAUCUGAAAAGUACAGUAUCAGUAGACUUACUCUUGAAAAGCAAGCUGCAAAGCAGCUUCCCCCUUCAGUAUUGUAUCAAAAACAGAACAAGCACAAAAAAUCUCUGAUUGAUCCCAAAAUGUCUAAAUUUUCACCUAUUCAAGAAAGUAGAGAUUUAGAGCCAGACUAUGGCAGCUACCUAACCUCUAGUACUCCUUCAGUUAGUGAACUUUCCUCAAGAGCUCGACUACUGCAGGAUGAUAUUACUUUUGGACUGCGAAAAAAUAUCUCAGAUCAACAAAAAUAUCUUGGGUCAACAUUAGGGGCAAAUCUUGCACAGUCUCUAGGACAGACGCUUAAUUUGUGCCCAACCUUGAGAUCUUCUAUGCAAGAUGAUCUUGAUAAACCUUACCCAAGUGGUAGCAGGUCACGGCCAUCAUCAAGACCCUCCUCAGUUUAUGGACUGGAUCUUUCAAUAAAACGGGAUUCAUCUAGCACAUCCUUAAGGCUUAAAACACAAGAGAAUGAGCCAUUAGACGUUUCUUACUCUCAUGCCACACCAUCUGUAAGAACAAAACCAACUAGUCUACCAAUUAGCCAAAGCAGAGGGAGAAUACCAAUUGUGGCUCAAAAUUCAGAGGAAGAAAGUCCUUUAAGUCCAGUUGGGCAGCCAAUGGGUAUGGCUCGUGCUGCGGCUGGACCACUGCCACCUAUAUCUGCUGAUACAAGAGACCAGUUUGGCUCAAGUCACUCUCUUCCCGAAGUCCAACAGCAUAUGAGAGAGGAAUCAAGAACACGAGGCUAUGACAGAGAUAUAGCAUUCAUUAUGGAUGACUUCCAACAUGCAAUGUCAGAUAGUGAAGCAGGAGGCACUAGCUGGGAUUUAGAAGCAUAUCACCUACGCAGAGAGGAGACUGAUUGGUUCGACAAACCACGGGAGCCCCGCUUGGAGAAUGGGCACGGCUUGGACCGGAGGUUUCCAGACAGAAUGUCACACAUUAAACAGAGCGAGCUCAAGCCAGUUCAUUACAACUUUCCUCAUACCAGAGUCAGGUUACUAAAGGAUGCAAAAGACCACAGUGUGUCAGGUACAGUAAUGGUCAUGGGCAUAAGAAUUGUGGGUGGAAAAGAUAUUCCAGGAAACAGUGCAGAAAUAGGAGCCUAUAUUGCCAAAGUUCUACCUGGCGGAACAGCAGAACAGACAGGAAGAAUUAUUGAAGGGAUGCAGGUCUUGGAAUGGAAUGGGUUCACUCUCACCGGUAAAACCUAUGAAGAAGUGCAAAGUAUUGUCAGUCAACAAUGUGGGGAAGUUGAAAUAUGUGUAAGACUGGACGUGAAUAUGUUGUCUGACUCAGAAAAUCCACAACAUCUGGAUAUCCAAGAACAAAUAAAAUCUGGAGAAAUUCAGAGGUCUCCAGGGGUUGAUCCCAAGCAGCUGGCAGCUGAAUUACAAAAGGUUUCUCAGCAGCAGACACCUUCUUCUGUCAUAUCAGGAACAGAAAAAGGGGGACAUAUUCACUCUGGUACCACUUCUGCAGCCUCAAGUGCUGUUCCCAGUCCUGGUCAGCCUGGUUCUCCUUCAGUCAGCAAGAAACGGCACAGCAGCAAGCCUACAGAUGGCACAAAGUCUCAUUCACAUCCAAUCACAGGUGAAAUACAGCUACAAGUAAACUAUGACAAACAUCUUGGGAAUCUUAUUGUUCAUGUUCUUCAAGCCAGAAACCUUGUACCCAGGGACAACAAUGGAUAUUCGGACCCAUUUGUUAAAGUCUAUCUCCUGCCAGGUAGAGGCCAAGUCAUGGUUGUCCAGAAUGCCAGUGCGGAGAACAAGCGAAGGACAAAACAUGUGCAGAAAAGCCUGAACCCAGAAUGGAAUCAAACUGUUAUCUAUAAAAAUAUCCACUUGGAGCAGUUGAAGAAGAAGACUCUUGAAGUCACAGUUUGGGAUUAUGAUAGAUUCUCCUCAAAUGACUUCCUGGGAGAAGUGUUAAUUGAUCUGAGCAACACCUCUCACCUUGACAACACUCCAAGAUGGUACACUUUAAAGGAGCAAAGUGAAAGCAUUGACCAUGGGAGACCUCAUUCUGGACAGAGCAGUCAACAGUCACCAAAGCCAUCUGUAAUCAAAAGUAGAAGCCAUGGGAUUUUUCCAGAUCCUUCAAAGGAUAUGCAGGUUCCCACCAUUGAGAAAUCUCACAGCAGCCCCGGAAGCUCCAAGUCAUCCUCUGAAGGACAUUUACGUUCUCAUGGACCAUCCCGCAGUCAAAGUAAAACUAGUGUCACUCAGACCCACCUUGAAGACGCCGGGGUUGCCAUUGCAGCAGCUGAAGCAGCCGUCCAACAGCUUCGCCUUCAACCAACAGUUCAUAAAAGCGGUCUGACAAGUCAUGUCAAGAAGCAGCACAGACACAGCAUAGCUGGAGUCCUCCCAAUUCACAGAACUCAGUCUGACAAUCUGCCUUCACCAGCCAAUGAGAGCAAAGAUGCAAGUCAGCUUGCCAUCAGGAAAGUGAUGUCUGAAGGACCACCUAAGUCUGAAGGAGCAAAGUCCAACCACAGAGUGACAGACUCCUCUGUGUCAACUGCCUCAUCUGUCAGCAGUUUUGGCAGUGGUUACAGUGUGGACAGCGAAGGCAGCACCGUUGCUGGAGACAACAACAUCUUCCCUGUUCCACGAAUGGGAAAAGCUAUUCAAAACGGUACUGACAAACCAAGAGGACAAGACCAGCUCAAACAACAAGGACUGGGCCUAACAGAAGGAGAAGGCAAAACACAAGUGAUGGGUGAGAUUAAAAUUGGGCUGAAGAAAGAAAUGAAGACAGAUGGGGAACAACUCAUAGUAGAAAUUUUACAAUGCAGAAACAUCACCUAUAAAUUUAAAUCACCAGAUCAUCUUCCAGAUUUGUACGUGAAACUUUAUAUUAUCAACGUAGCGACACAAAAAAGAGUAAUUAAAAAGAAAACGAGAGUGUGCAGGCAUGACCGGGAGCCUUCAUUCAAUGAGACUUUCCGAUUCAAUAUGUGCCCAGUAGGACACUCUAUCCAGAUUUUCCUGGUCUCAAAUGGUGGAAAAUUCAUGAAGAAAACUCUGAUUGGAGAGGCCUACAUCUGGCUGGACAAAGUCGACCUAAGAAAGAGAGUUGUGAACUGGCACAAACUACUAGUCAGCUCCAGCCAAAGUCACUCAUAAUGGACGUCCAGUGUGUUUACACCACUUAUAAAAGAUAACUGACAGAGAUGUACAACAGACAUGGGGCCUUUGCUUUUGCACUGUUUAGAUAGACAUAGUCCACUGAAGGGUGGAGAGAGAGGAGGCCCCAGAAUCCCUAAAGCUACCACACUUCAAAGCAUACACUUCCAGGAACUGCUGUGCUGACGAUUGAGGGUUAUCAGAGGGAUAGGUGUGUUCUAAGCAGACCGUAUGUGGAACUGUUAUCCUUGGCUGCGGUGGAGUCAGUUUAAAAACUGAGAAUGCUUUUCCUUCAGUAUUGUCUCCAAAGGGAUUGAUUAUAACCCCAUUGUGGAAAGCUGAUGCCAUUUGCGCAGUGCAAACUGAGCAGGGUAAAUAUAGAGAAACUUCGUAAAUAACACUUAAUCAAAAGUGUGAACUUUGUAUGUAGCUUGACACCCACAGUUGUGACAGCACACAAGCAAAAAAAAAUACUGUAGGAUGUUGUGUUGUUUCAUUGCUGACAUUUUAAUAUUUUAAACACAGUAUACUGAAAAAUUGGUAAGUAGAGGAAAAAUGUCUAUAUUUUUUUGUUUACACUCUUGUUUCCAUUUAUUUGACACAAGAUGACAAGAAUACAGCAAGCCAGUAUGCAAAUGAAUUCAAGCAGCACAUUUAGUCCUACUUUUUGCAGCCAAUAUUUGAUUUUUUUUUAUGCAGAAAAUUAGAAAACACUAUGUUCAUACCAUAAGUGAGCUGCAUUUCUCUUAGGAAGUCUUUCUACUGAAGCUUGACCAAUUUAUUGUGAGUUGAGUGUAAAUGCCAAAAACUCAAAGGAAAAACAUUCAUUUACAUGAAGAAAAAAAAAUGUACACCUCACAUUCUUCAGGGUUGCAGGCAUAGCCAUUCUGCAAGAAAGACAAUAAAUAUCAACUAUAUCCCUUCUAAUACUGUUAAAAAUUAACUGGUUAACAGCCUUCAUUGUAUAAAGCUAACAUUUACUCAUCUAUAGAUGAUUUGGGUCCAAGUUCCUUAUUGCUUUCUUAUAUCAGAAUUCACUAUUUCUAAAAGUGGUACAGUUUUUAAUUGUUUCAGCUUUACAAAAAAUGACUGAAAGUGACUGACAUGAAUUGACAUAAACCAAUUACAUUUAUGAGAUCCUUUGAUAAACUGAGAAUAAAUCUAAGAAUAAUCCCUUAAAAUGAACAAAGUGAAAUAGGAGCUUAAAACAGGGCUAUAAUCUAUAUGUAAUUUAUAGAAUAUGCAGUAAAAUUGAGCCAUCAUAUAACAGAUAUGGUGAAUGAGGACAUUUACUUCUUUUUGAAUUUCGUUAAAGUACACAUGGUGCUUUUAGUGUUGCUUAUAAUAAAGUUUUUUGUAAGCACUGCCUUAUGAAUUGUCACUGUGUUAACACAUAGUGUUUAUACAAAGUUUACCAUUCUAAAACCAAUAACCAAAACCGAUCCACAAUGAGGAACUUUAUAAGUAAGGUAAUUGCACCAUUAAAAUGGGUUAUGAUAAAAUAUAAGUAAUAAAGAAGGAACAGAACAGAAUGUGCUAGUGUAACAUGCUUUGCCUUUAUGAGCAAAAAUAAAUAUAUAUUAAUAUCUGUACCUUUCCAUCAUCAGAGAAGCAUGAUUUUCAAUGUCACAGAAAUAAAUGGAAAAUCCUGUAUGCUUAAUUUAAGCAGAACAGUUUGUUUUUAAGUGAAGUAUAAAUGUAUACAGUCAUUUCAAAAUCCUUCCAAAUGAAUUAGAUAUCAAUUGAUGCAAUUUGCGUAAAAGUACAACUGAGCCUGGUAUUUUUCAAAGGUGGUUCAAACUUUGUUAUGGUUAUCAGAGGAGACAGAAUGUGCUUACGAUCAGGGCACUACUUACCCUCAAAUAGUAUGUGACACCUUAGCAGCAGUUUGCAGGACUUCCUCUAAUGCUGUUAACAUUAAAAAUGCUCCUUUCUUGGUGUACAGCAUGUCUUGUCUGUGUGUGUGCGUGUGUGUGUGUGUGUGGGUAUGUGCUGAAACAUUCCUGAUUGCUUCAGUCAAGUCUAAACUAUAACAUUAGAAUCCAAAAGUGAAUUGAAUUGCUGUGGAGCUAUCCUGUUUCAAGUGCCACUAGUCCUGUAUAGUACAAAAGUAUUUCAUAAUCUAAUGCUGUAUGUCAAUUAUGUUUCUCCAAUUCUGAAAACAAAUGACUACAAGUUUCUGUAUUUGAUAAUAUUCAGUUACACCCAUGCAAUUAAUUAUUACAUGAUGUACUCAAAGACAGACAUUUCAUUUCUUUUCAAGUGAGUGCCUAAUGUUUAACUUUUUUGUUUUUUUGUUGUGGGAGGACAAUUAGAGAAAAAUAUAUUUAUCUAUAUGUGUGUUGUAUAUAUGCACACAGUAUAUAAAUAAUCAAAGAUAGAGAUAGUAUAUAUGUAUAUAUUAAUGACUGAGAGACCCUUUUAUGAAAAAUUUAUUAACAGCCUGCCAGGCUAAAAUUCUACAGGACUUACUAUUUGGAAUACUUUAAAGCCUAAAAAUAAUGCAACACAAAUCAAUACCAGUAGUACAGUGUUAAAAAUACAGGGUUGGUUCCUUUUCAAAAAGAAGUGUACAUCAAGUGCCAACCUAAUUUCAGUUACCAAAUUCAUAGGUUCUGUUGGAGUAAUUCUAUGCAACAUAGACUUUGUGUUUUGAAUGCUUUUAAUUAGUAUAUGAGAUGUAAGCAAACUUUUCGUCUGGGUAUCGAUAUCGAGAAUGAUCUUUAUAUUCAGUUUGUAUAUUAUUCGUAGAAAAUAAAUACCGUGUGUUUUUUUUUACUUCUGCAAGGCUGAUGUUUUAUGGUAUAACAAUGCAGUUUGUGCACUUUAAAAUUUGAAUUACCUUAUCUUUUUUUCUCAGUUCAUACAUUCUGUUUUUAAUUGUACAAAAAAAAAACUUUUUUUCUAUUGUAAUAGAAAUUUAGUUUGUAUCAAAUGAAGGACAAAUAGGAUGGCUUUUAACCAACACAAUAAAAAAAGCAUGUGAUUAGGCAGAAAGCACAAAAUAUUUGUUUACAAACUCUUUUCACAUUCUAAUAAGCAUGUAUGAUUUUGUUUUAUGGCAAAUUCUUUUGUUGUUUUUCCUUCAAUUGUUUUGUUUGUUAAGCAUCUUCACUGCUUUAAAAUUUUGAAAUUUAGGGAGACAGCAUCCAUCAUUUUUGUUAACAGAAACGUCUUGCACUUUUUUUUUUUUUUAACAAUUGGUUUGUCUCAUUUUCAGCUUGUUUUCAUUUAUACUUUAUGUUGUUGAGUUAGGUUUGUACUGUUAAAGCCGUGCAAAAGAAAUCAUCAUGUUAUGCAGUGUUUCAAAUAAAUACGCUGUCAAUCAAUGGAUAUAACUUAUCGGCAUGAACCUUCAUAGAUAAAAAAGGUAAUUAUUACAUUAGUCCAAAAACAGAAUGAUGGUAGUAUACUGUCUCUUUAAAUUUUCAGUUUUUUUAUUAGUGUUAUUUUGUUUUGUUAAACUCUCAUUUGCCAGUAAAUCAGAAACCAAGGGAGUCUAACAAUUUCAUCCAUGUGACUUGUGAGAAUGUGCUUUGUUUAUUUGUAACCUUGUAAAUACAUAUCAUUUUUUUCUACAAAUGAUUUAAAAAAUCUAAAACUUUUGGUCAGGUAUUGAGCAUGUGAAUGUGAAAAAAAUCUCUAUGACUGUAUCUGUAUAUUUUGUCCAGUGAUGUGCUCAGGUGAUGAAUUCAUUGACUGAGUAGAGUGUGUGCUGUUAAAUCUGUACAGCUAACAUGAUUUUUGUCCUUACAGAAGACACACAAACAAAACCCACAAAGACAAAAAAAUAAAUGCUUGAGUAGUUUCAGGAGAAUUUAAAUGUUUCUCACUGGCUGUUGCAUGUUUUGUUAGUGGUUUGUUAAUAUAAUUUAUGCUUCUGGAAAUCUAUAAGAAAAAUAAUAUUGUAUAAAUUUAAUUAAAAGACGUAUAACAAUUGUAAAAAGAUAUGCUUGUAAAUCUUGUCUGAGUUUUCACUCCGUGUAAAAAUAAUUUAAAAACCUAAUGUCUUGGUUUUGUGGUUGUACACAAGAUGUAUCUUGAACUAUUAUGAAAUGUGUGCUGUACAAAAGGCUGUUUCCUUGAGUCUAAAGAAUAAAUAUUUAAAAUUAUUGCACUUCUAAAGAGCAUUUCACUUAUUUCUUUAUAGAAAUUUAACUGUUUUAUGGAUUAUUUAGAUAAAAUGGAAAAAAAAUAUUUUUCCUUUUCAAAUUGAGAGCAACCAUAUCCAUCAGUUUUCUGUUAGUAUGAAAUUAUAACAUUAUGAUUUCCUGUUGUGUUGCCCAUGUUUCUUGAUGUUCUCGUCCGUUUCUUAAAUGGCCUUCCUCUGCUACUUGUCUCUAAUAAAUGAUUAUUGUAUAUUUUA